AUGCCAAUCUCCCAGCGAGACCUGGACCUGGACCUGCAUCUGGAGCGGAGGGAAUCCGCUGAGGAUCGGCGUCACAAGACAGCAACAGCAACAGCAACGUCAACCAUGCCGUCACCGCCUAACCUUGGUCAAUUCCCACUUGAUAGACCACAACCACAACCACAACCACCACAUCAUGACCUUCGGCUUGCAAGAAAGCUGUCGGAGGAGAGCAUCAGAACCGAGUUAUGUGAAGGUCCAGUUCCGGACAGCCCACCUCCGCAAACACCCGACGAAGACAGCUCGACCGCCUGCACCGACCGAGCAGAGCUAAUCGAGCGAUUGAAGCGAGGCGAGAGCCCAACCUGGAUCCCCAACCGACAUUUCGAGUCAAUAUGGAGUCAAGAGCCUUUGUCUCCUACUCGAAGUCCGAAGCCAUCGACGGCCACUUCACCCACGCUACUUCCACCGCCCACGAUAACGCCCGAGAAGAGGAAGGGGGACGCCACGUCGGACGACGAAAGAAGGCACCAGGAAGGAUUGAAUAUCGAAAGGCCUCGCUCAGCUCUUCAUAGCGGCGACUUUACCAAUGACGAAUCGGCUCGAGAGGAUAGUCCGACCCAGGAUCGCAGACAAGCGCGAAAACAGCAAGAAUUGGAAGGCAAUGGCCACCCAUGGCUGGCCACUUCGCCUCCGAGGGACUUCACACCCCUUCAGUUCGAGAGAAGGCAACCCGCUGCCUUGAGAUCGGAUGAUGUACGGUCUGCGCUGUCGUCUCUCUCAACUAUCUCUACAAGCUUCGCCUACAAGCCGCCAACUAGUCCUCUCGUCCAGUCGGAGAGCAAUGACGAUAUCGAUCUAACAUCCCCAAUGGACGGCAUUGAUAUCAGUUCGAGCAUACCCAGACAACCCCGACGACACACCCUGAUGUCAUCUCGCACGGGAUCCUUUGGUUUCUCUCAGAGCCCAGUACAGAGGCAACCACCUUCUUUCCGGCAAGAGAGGACCUUCCCCUACCAGGCGCACCAACCUCGUCGAUCUCUUACUUCGACGCCUAAGUUGUCAACGUCUGCAUCAUCACCGCAAACACCGGCAUUUCUCCGCUCCAGAGGGCCAUCGUACAGUUCCGACAUCUCGCCAAUCCAACACGCAUCUAUGGUGGGUUCUUACGAAGAGAGCAUACUACGCGGUCGCAUGUCUACAACACCAUCGAAGCCUCUUGACUUCGUUGCACAGAUUGGUGUCCUUGGAUUGGGAAAAUGCAAAUCCAGCCUGCGGUGUCCUCCUCACGUGACACUACCUUUUCCUGCUGUAUUCUACAGCUAUGCCAACUCAUCGCAUGGACGGUCAAAAGAAGACGACGGUCCAAGCCCAUACGUUGGACAGGUCGACCUGGAGAACGGACUUCCGAACCAAGAAGAGGAUGCGAGGUCAAAGCGCAAAACACAAAGCAGGGCUCUGGACCGGAGGGCUGCAGACGACGAUCUGCCGGAUGUGAUCGAUCGCCCUGCCGAUACGCCGGAGCGCGAUGCCCGGAAGUCUCAACGACCGAAACGCCGAUCUAGCUCUCCGAGAGCUCCUCCGGGUGGGAGCUAUCGUAUCCCCGAAAAGGGGCAGAUUCAGAUUAUCAUCAAAAACCCGAACAAGACAGCUGUGAAGCUGUUCUUGGUUCCAUAUGAUCUAGCCGGGAUGGAACCCGGCACAAAAACGUUCGUGCGGCAACGCAGCUACUCAAAUGGUCCGAUCAUAGAGAAUAUGCCUGACUCGAAGGACAAGGCUGGUGCAGAUCGACCUAUUCUUAGAUAUCUCGUUCACCUACACAUAUGUUGCCCCUCCCGUGGUCGCUACUACCUGUACAAAAGUAUCCGAGUCGUGUUCGCAAACCGUGUGCCUGAUGGCAAAGAGAAACUCCGCAAUGAGAUCACACUGCCGGAGCCCAGAUUUACCGCCUACAAACCCAUUCGGGUCAUGCAUCCUCCCACGUCAAGUGGCACUGGCCCGGGUGCCAGUCUAGCAGCUGACAAGGCGUAUAGACGGCGCAGCUCCGGUUUCUACUUUGGCAGUGCAAACCAUGCCUUCGAUAUGGCGGAGGGCAUUGCGCCUCCGAGUUUGCCGCAUCAACCCUAUACCUUCAGCUUUGGUGGUCACCACCUCCCUGUCGAACCGGUUCCUUUCCGACUUUCAAGCAAAGAAGCGAGAAGAACGGGAGCGGAGACAGGUCACACCAAACCGGUCGCUGGCGAUUCACAGUCUCCCGACUCGUCUCAAACCAGCCGUCCAACUACCCAGAACUCGAGUAACGUGUCGAGCUGGGGCGGUGGUGGCGUCGCCGGCGUUGAUGAGCAGAUCGACCGCUAUAACAAGUUGAGUAAGGGUGAUGCCGGCUACGGCGGCAACGCGUUCGCUGGCCUGAUCAACGGCAAUCCUGUCGUGGCGGAGAGCUUGUUGUCGCAACGGUUGAGGACCCUGGGUGUGCAGGGCCCGCACCAGACACAAGAGCAGCAGCGCGACGAUGGGGCCAUGGAGGAGUAG